ACUCAAUGACGAUCAGCACCAAAUACAGACCCGUCAAACCCGUCGGAGGUUGUCAUGGACUUACAUCUAAGGUUUGGAUGCAUUGCCAGUAGGUGCGUUAAUUGUUGAGCCGCCGCCUACCGCCUUCGUUCUCACCACGUCUUUAAACUUCCGGCAGAAUGUACCGAACUGCGAGAUUUCAUCUCUAUUUUACGCAAGUAUACCUGACGUGAUUACAGUCAAGGCUUCGAGGCGACCCUUGCGCUUGAUCGUUCGACAGUGAAUAGGAAGUACAUACAUUAUAUUAUGAUACCCCACGAAUCAAUCACCUUCUCAUUUCCUUCCCCCCAAUUAUCACCCGUCAACUUAACGUCUUCACCUUCAUGGCAAUCCCGGAACGCGCGAUUGCAAACUUCAUUCACCAAGAGUCCUGGUGGAGGAAUCGUGGCCUCCUGGUUUUAAAUAUAUGUUUGGUAUUACCACUACUAUCAUCAACAUUGAAUGGUCUUGAUUCGUCCAUACUAAACGGACUGCAAAUUUUGCCCGGAUGGCAAGAAUAUUUCCAUGAUCCGCAGGGUAAAACCUUAGGUCUCAUAAAUUCUGCCCAAGGCAUUGGCGCCCUCAGCGGGAUUCCAUUUUCCCCUUAUGUGUCUGACUUGCUAGGGCGACGAGCAACUAUGUUUAUUGGGGCAUUCAUAGUGUUAGCUGGUGUCUUCACGCAAGCCUUCUCCACCACCGUGCAUGUAUUCGUUGGCGCUCGUGUGCUCAUUGGCAUAGGCACAGCUUUCUCCAUCAAUGCCGCCCCCUUGCUCAUCAGCGAACUCAGUUAUCCGACUCAUCGCGGGAAAUUGACUUCUUUAUACAAUACGAUGUGGUAUUUUGGCAGCAUUAACUCGGCUUGGAUCUGCCUGGCAGCUUAUGAUCGAGCAGGGGCAUCCGCAUGGUCAUGGAGGGUCCCCGUGUUAUUUCAAGCUGCUAUUCCUAUCCUUCAAAUGGUGUUAAUAUGGUUCAUUCCGGAGAGCCCUCGAUUUCUAGCUGCUAAAGGCCUGGAAUCCAAAGCUGCGCGCGUCCUCGCUCACUACCAUGCAAAUGGGAGAAACGAAUGCGAUCAUCUAGUAGCAUUCGAGAUGGCUCAAAUCCGACAUGCUCUGAACCUUGAGCGAGAGAUUGCCUCUAGUCCAUCCUACCUGACGUGCUUCACGACUCCUGGCAACAGACGGCGUAUGUCCAUCAUUAUAGCGAUUGCAAUAUUUUCGCAGUGGAGCGGCAAUGGUCUAGUCUCGUCUUAUAUCAACAUUGUUCUAGACGGGGUCGGCAUAAACACGACUCAGACAAAAGCAGUAAUAAACGGCGUUCUACAGGUUUUUAAUCUCGCUAGUGCUCUAUUGGGCACAAUGCUCGUGGACAAGUUGGGCAGAAGGAAGCUGUUCCUGACUUCGAAUAUUGGAAUGUUAAUUGUCUUCUCUAUGUGGACAAUCACUACCGCUCUAUUCAACGAGACCGGGAGUACUGCAGCUGCGAAAGCUACUGUACCGCUAAUUUUUAUGUUCUACUUCUUCUAUGACUUUGCGUAUACGCCAAUGCUUGUUUCUUACACACUUGAGAUUCUGCCUUACAAUAUUCGCGCCAAGGGACUUGCAAUUAUGAACUUUGUUGCGUAUCUUAGCAAUGCUUUGAACGCGUUCGUCAAUCCGUGGGCACUCGACAGCAUGGGUUGGAAAUACUACCUUUUUUACUGUGGAUGGCUCGUUUUGGAACUAAUAUUUGUGAUGGUGUUCAUUAUCGAGACGAGAGGUCGUACUCUUGAAGAAACUGCUGCUUUAUUUGACGGCAUCAAAUUUUCUCAAAAUACUACAGAACGGAGGGAUAGCGUGACUAUGGCCAGAACAUCACAAUACCUUAGAUCGCCCCGUCUAGAGAAAGGUGUCGCAGACAACAACUAUUUGGAGCUUCAGGAACGCAGUAGAGUCCUAAGCUAUGACUUAGAAUCACCUACGCGUAUCGAUUCGCAGUCGGAAGAGUCUGCCAUUACAUUUGUGAAAUAAAAAGGGAACCACCCAUCGCGAUGUUGUAUUAUGCCCU